AUGCUGGAAGCAGCUGGUAUUACAGGCGCCUGUGCUGACAUUGAUUGUUGUGAGCUUUUAGCCUGGCUUUUUUCGCCAGAGAAGAGCAUCAAUUUAUACCCGGUGAAAAACCAAUCGCCGAUGCGGAAAGCUGCAUUUCUUUCGGAGCAAUGGGAGCCAUUCCUGGCAGUUGUGCGGGGCCAUCUCCACAGCACCAUUGCUCGGGCUAAAGCCGGCUUCUCACUCCACGAAGUAAUGCCCUCGCAUGACGUCCUCAAUGCUCUCACGGAGCGCUGCCAAGAGUUGACGGAAGCCUGGCAUGGGCGAGCAAACAUAGGCAUGGUCUAUGAGUUCUUCACGGAGAUGGCGGAGCAUGAUGGACAUAGUCCAUACAUGUUCCGAGACAUCCCGCAGCAGCGGUCGGAAGACGGUUACGUGCGCCUGCUGGACGGCCAGGUACGGCAGACGCUUUACCGAAGCCACUCGAAGGCUGUGACCACGGAAGCGACAACCAAGCCCAUCCCGUUAGUGGGGAGGAUUCAGCAGACAGCCGGGGAAUCCCCGAUUGACAAUCUGCAGCUCCCCAACCUGAUGCCUCGGAAGACUGCACUGCUUCUGACGUGUGGGCAUCGCAUUCAACAGUUUUUGGUCGGGGUGCUCCGAUGGAAGCAGCGCCGGAUUCUUCAGCUUUUGUUUCCCGACACCGAUGCGGAGGCCAUGGCAGACAUAAAUGCAGUCAAGACAAAGGCUUGGGAUCUGCAACUAAGUGAAGAGGAGCCUUCCUUGGCCCUGACUAUGCUGACUCGCCAUGGCUGCCUGGUGGAGUCCUACGGGCAGGUACCUUCCGACACCCGCUAUGCAGCGGAGAAGUUCAUUGCAGACAGCCUAUCCAAGCUGGAGACGGAGCGAGAUGAAGAGCUAGACAGCUUCAUGCAGCACGUCACCAAGCAUCCAGGACGGCCCUUCAACGAAGACCACGUGGAGCACAAAACUAUGCUUCUGCGUUCAAUGAAGAGCCGGUCCGUUCGAUUGGUGUUCAGAUCUGUGGUGGAGAAAUUCUGCCAGCACCGAUACAUCACCAUUGCUUGGACACGUCGAGCGCCACUCCUUUACCUGCCGGACGGGGCGGAGGACUUCACGGUGCUGCGGAAGCCAGGUGCUGAAGAGUUGACGCGCUUCCGCAAGAACGUUUUCGCAUACGGGGAGUCGCAUGCGUUGGGCCAAAGCGGCGGAGGUUGGAGCGACAGCCAGCGAUGGUCUCCGGGAUCUUUGAUGUAUGAGCUGGGCCCUCUUCUCUGUGUUGACGACGAUGCCAAGCUCCCAAACCACUAUGUGACAGACAUCGAGAAGAUCAUCCGAGAUUGCAUGGUGCUGUGCCCAGAUGGUGGCAUGGCUGAUGCUCUGCCGGGUGAAACACUCCAUGAUAGUGGACAGAAUCCAGUGGUUGCAUCUUCGAUCGGGAAGACGCAGCACACUCAAGCAUCAAAGGCCUCGGCAGAGGAGUUCCCGCUGAUGGCAGAGAAGAACCGCCCGCGCUGGUGUCCACACAUGCAGGCCUUCCUGGACAUUAUCCAGGUUGGCGAAAGUGAGGAUGCCUUCUUCGUCAGCGGCCGGAGCAGGCAGCCUGACACACAGCGGUUUUUGGAGUUCUUCGUGGAGUUGCGGGAGGAUGGAGAUUUCAUCUUUGUCAUGGCGCCGGUGGCCUGCAUGCAAAAGGUGCGCGUUCCCAAAGGCCAGGGCUGCAUGGGCCUGGACUUCGACUUUGAGAAUCCAGACCUUGGGGAGCGGGUUACCCAAAAGAACCUGCCCAUUGCCACGGUGGACGCCUCCCAAGGGAAAGGAAAUUUCCUGAUCAACACCAAGGAGCACUGGAGGAUGGCGAUGGAGGGACGCCCAGUGCUUGUCAGGCUGCCACUCUGA